AUGAAACUUGCAAUCAGUUUUUUGGUAGCUUUAAUGCUGGUCAUUUCAGUUCAGAGCGACGGUAAUUCUGGAGACGACCCUACCCUAUCCUUCAAAUGUAGUCUCCCAGGGACAAAGCAUGGUGUUUGCAUUGCUACAGCAGAUACAUUUACCUAUACGGUUGUAACAACUACCCGUACAGCCAAUGGAAUCUAUUCCUGUAAGAACGUAAAUGUUGGAAAGACUCCGGCCACAGGUGAACGCUGUUGCCCUCAUAAUUUUGUGGCCAAAAAUCAGGUUAAGACCACAGAUAGUGAUACACUAACUAUGAAAUGUACGGCACCUGAUGCACAUUAG